AUGGAAUCUAUAUUUCUACAUGCUAAUAUUACGAUCAUUCCUCAUUCAGUUUUAUAUGUUUCAUUAUCCUAUUACAUUAUCAAUCCUUGCGUUUCAGUUUCCACUAAUUUAGAUGACUAUUUCUCAUCAUUUGUGUCAUCUUCUAACACCGUAUAUGAUAAUAUACUAGUAACAUAA